AGCGGCUCCCGCGGUCGAUGAUGCCCGAAAGUUCCUGAACAAACCAACGGCGGCGGUCCCGAGCGGGUCGCCGCGGUGGCGGCGGCGAGGCAUUGUACGGAGGUGCUGGACUCCCAGCUGAGGCAACGGCAGGACUACCUGCGAAGGACCGGGGAGCAGAAAAAGAAGCAGUUCAGCCUGCAGGUGGACGAGCAGGUGAAGCAGGAGGAGAUGGAACUGACGCGGCAGUACACCGAGCAGCUCCUCCUGCUGCGACAGGCCACGCAGCACCAAAAGGCUGCGCUCAGGCAGCAGACGAACGCGCUGACCUUGCAGUACCGGCAGAAGAAGGCAGAGGAGGACAUCACGCUUGAGCGCUACCGCUUCCACAGGGAGCAUAGCGAGAUUCAGGCUGAGUACGCCCAGGAGCUGGCGGAGCUGCAGCGGCAGCAGGCGGCCGCCGCGAGGCAGGUGGCCGCGCAGCGGGAGGAGCUGGUGAAGCAGGCCGCGCUGGCGUCGCUCCAGGCGAACGCCGCGGUCAACUUCGCCGCGAAGGCCUACUGCGGCGCCAGCUUCUCCCGUGGCCCCAGCAUGAACGUCUACGCCGCGGGCGGCUCGGGCGCCUGCAGCCCCCGCCCCGGGGAGCCGGCCUGCGGCCGCGUCGCUGGGCCUCCCGGCGGCCCGCCGCCGGCGACGGCGGCGGGCCCGCCCACGCUCCCGCCAGGCAGGCUGCAGAUGCCAGUGGCGCUCCCGCAGCAGCUGCCGCCCUGUGCAGCAGCAGGGGGAGCCGACGCGGGCAUGCAGCCAGACGGCAGGCAGACGGCCAGAGGUGAGCACGUGCCCCCGCGGGCCGUGGUGCACCUGUAGCCGGGCGACUGGCCAAUGCUCAGGAGGGCCUUGGCAAUGCUCAGGAGGAAAAGAAACACACAGACACAAGUAAUCUUCGAUUCCCC